AUGGUAGAUCCAAGAUGGGGUAGGUGUUAUGAAAGUUAUAGUGAGGAUCCCAAGGUUGUUCAAGAAAUGACGGACAUUAUAUUGGGUUUGCAAGGUGAAAUUCCAAAUGGUUCGCGUAAAGGAGUUCCAUACAUCGCUGGAAAGUACGUACUCUUUGAAAGUCAAAGUGCAUGCAAUUUAUAG